CAACGAUCUUGCCCGAGCUUCUUCUGACACUUUUGUGCACACCACAAUGCCCGACAUCAAGGCGUGGCUAACCGCCGCCGCGCAGUAUUUGCCCCCCGGCGGUGUGGUCAAGCCACCCACACUGAGCAACAUGGAAGCGAUGAACGCGCUAGAGAUGAUGGACCCGCAGAUGGACUGGGGCAUGCACUUCGCGCCGCACGGCAAGUUUGACCCCAGCGCGCCGCUCUCGCCCGCGCAGGUGUGCUGGGUGAUGGACGAGAUGGGGGCGCGUGAGCUGGCGUGGCUGCGCGGCGGAACGCUGGCGCAGACGGUCUUCACGGCGCUGCACAGCCACAACACGCUCGAGAUCAUGCCGGGCGUGCCGCCGAACGACAAGACGUAUCUCGCCGCGUGGGCGGCGUGCGCGGCGCUGCGCGCUUUCGUGCUCGCGUAUGCUAAGAGCGUGCAGCUAGAGGCGGCGGCGAUGAGCGAGGCGUCGGGCGCCGCGCGCGACGGCGAGGAUUUCUGGGCCGACCCCUACGGCGUGCCCCUCGAGACGGCGGAGGACGUGCCGGAGGUCGUGGCCUACGUCGACAGCGCCGCGCGCUGGUUAGCGCAGCGUGAGGAAUGGGCGCCGGCCGUAGCGCGCCUUCGCUUCCGGAUUGCGUGGAUCGCCGCACUCCAGCUCCAGCCCCACGCCGCCGUGUCCAUACCCAAGACGGAAACUGAGCGCGUGGACUGGGCGUUCGAUGAUGUCGCCGCCUUCCUGCGCCAGAACAUGCCCCUCUCCGCCGUGUCCUACCCCUCGCACGAAGAGAUGUGGACCGGGUUCCGCGACGCUAUGGGACAGCUCGCUGCCGCGCCAGCGCUUGCGCACUCCUCUCUAGCCGACAUAGAGAUCCACCUCGCAGCCAUGCCAGAGACCCUCCCCAUCGUGCGGGCGCAAUACCGCGCCCUUCUGAACACCCUCGACCGUGACGCGCUCGUCGACGAGUGGCUGUCGACCGCCACCUCCCAACCGCGCGGCGUUCUCAAGCGCCUCGACCACGAAAUCCACACGCCCAACGACCGCCGAUCUUUCGCACUCUGGCGCGACGUUGUCGCUGGCAAUUUCAUACUCGGCCUUACAGUGCGCCUGCAAAACCCGCCGCGCCGGCGACGCGGGUUCCAGCACCUCAGCAGAACGUGGUGUGACCAAGCGUCGUCAGCGGCGCGCCUCGCCGCGCGCUAUCCGGCUUUCAAGCCCAUCGUCGCGGCCGUCCGUGCGCGCGCCCUCGACGCCGACCUUUCCGCUGCGCUCGCGGCCCUCUCCCUCCGCUUGCUCGCAAAACACGAGCGGCGCGCACACUGGUGGUGGAUUGCGCGUGUCGCUGGGGCCCGGCUGGCUUUAAACGAGGUGGGCGGCGACUGGGCACGCGCUUGGGCAGCUGUCGCAAGCGGCAUGUUAAUUCUCUACACGCUCGUGCCUACCGGGGACCCCUCCAGCUCUGAGUUUGCUUUGCGGCACAAGAUUGCGCUUGGUACCGGGUUACACCCCGCCCCACCAUUGUUCAGCGCGUGGGAGGCAGCAAAAGAGGCUCUUGACGAGGCGUAUAAGGGCAACACCAAGAAAGGGCGCGACGCAGCGCUGGCGUGGCUCCGCACUGCCCACCGGCUCAUGGACUCGCUCGGCGUACGAUCCCUCCAGUCAGACUUGGCAGGGACAAUAGCUGUGCUCGAGAGCGGGCGCGAGCUCAAGUGGGCGGAGGACGGGACCGCAGAGGUGGCGGAGCGCAUCCCGCGGCUCAAGUAGAUCGGGAUCAGCCGCAUGCUGAUGAAGGGGACGGAGCAGUGGCAGAGCUGACCGUGUGGCUUGAGUAAUCAUGAGUAAUGUACAAUAUGCAUCUAAUAACAC